CUGCGUCGAAGCGACGGCGCUGCCUGUCCACGCCACCGGUCCUUCAGACAAUAAGCAGUUGCGUCAUCGUGGCUUCGUUAGUUCGCUUUUUGUUAUAAAAAAGAAAAUACUCGCCGGUUAUCGUUGACGUUUCGUUCAGUCGGCGCUCUUCCAAGCCAUUAAGGGACCGUCUGCGGGUGCAGUUAUGUCGGCGGAUCAGAUCACGACGUUGUGCGAGCAGUUGAUGAAGGCGGUAAACGUGAUCAUGGAUGGAGGCUCGAGUUCGCGCUACCGGCUGGAGGCCCUGAAGUUUUGUGAAGAGUUUAAGGAGAAGUGUCCACAUACAGUGCAGUGUGGGCUACGUCUGGCUGAGAAAAACAAUACAGGGAUUGUCCGCCACUUUGGACUUCAGAUACUGGAGCAUUCUAUCAAGUUUCGCUGGAAUGGUAUGGUGCACCGUGAUAAGGUCCAGCUGAAGAAUAGUGUGAUGACUCUUCUAUCGCGUGGUACUCAUAACAUUAUGGUGGAAGAGGCUUACAUUAAAGAUGCACUUUCCCGCAUUGUGGUAGAAAUGAUUAAGCGCGAGUGGCCACAGCAGUGGCCAGAUAUGCUAAAUGAAAUGGAUAAACUAACUGCCAUGGGGGAGACACAAACUGAGCUGGUGAUGUUAAUCCUUCUGCGCCUGGUGGAAGAUGUGGUGACUUUCCAGACCAUACCUGCACAGCGUCGUAAGGACAUCCAGCAUGCACUGACUCAAAACAUGAUGCAGCUCUUCAGUUUUCUCUUGGACAUCUUGCAGGAGCACACUCAGAGCUACAAACAACUGAAAGCAGAUAGCACUCAAGAAAAUAAGGCCAAGGCACACUGUCGUGUUGCAGUAGCAACUCUCAAUACGCUGGCUGGAUAUGUGGACUGGGUUGCGUUGCACCACAUUACAGCUGAUAGCUGCAAACUACUUGAGGUGCUGUGCAUGUUACUAACUGAACCAGAAUUGCAGCUUGAGGCAGCAGAGUGUCUGCUCAUUGCCAUCAGCAGAAAGGGUAAGCUGGAGGAUCGUAAGCCUCUCCUGGUCCUCUUUAGCGAUGCUGCCAUGCACUGCAUUUUGUCAGCGGCACAGACAGCUCAUGGAGCAGGGCUUGUGGAACAGCACUACAUGUUUCUAAAAAGGCUUUGUCAAGUACUUACUGCCCUAGGUGGACAGCUAACUGCACUGUGGGGUAGUGAUAAAGAUGUUGGCCAACCUCCUAAUUUCAACAAAUAUUUACAAGCAUUCUUGGCUUUCACCAAUCACCCUAGUCAGUAUUUAAGAUCUUCAACCCAGAUAGCUUGGUGUUCAUUUUUAAGACAUGAGCAUGUCUCUAAGGACUCGGUUUUGCUGGAGGUCAUUCCACAAUUGUUGCAUGCAACAAUGGCUAAUCUUCUGAAGGUUGGAUUUCCUUCCAAGAGUGACAGCCCAAGUUGUGAAUAUUCUCGUGUGGACUUUGACAAUGAUGAAGACUUCAAUGCAUUUUUCAAUUCAUUCAGGGCUCAGCAAGGAGAGACCAUUAGACUCUCUUGUCGUCUGUCACCGAUGACUGGAUUCGGCAUGGCUUCUGAGGCACUGCAGUAUCAGCUUACGGCAGUCAUUGAUGUUGGCCCAACUAUGUCUAAGACUGGCAAAGGUUUGUGCUCCAUCUUUUCACCAUCUUUUGUGCAGUGGGAUGCAUUAACCUUCUUUAUGGAGAGUGUGAUGAGCCAGCUAUUCAGAACAAUGGAACCUGAGCAACUUCCAGUGGCAGAUGGGAUUGAGCUGCUCAAAGCUGUCUUAAGCUAUCAAACACAUGAUCCGCUCAUUCUGUCAUGCAUCCUAACAGCUGUAUCCACACUUUCUCCCUUCCUGCUCCACGAUGCCACUGUCUUACCUCAAGUCCUCGAAAAGCUCUUUGCAUCUGCUACUUUUGAAGUGGUUGAGGAGAGCCAGGGGUUGCAGGCUCCGAGAACUAGAGCAGUGAAAAAUGUUCGUAGACAUGCUUGUUCGUCCAUUCUCAAGAUGUGCAGAGAUCACCCAGAACUGAUCAUGCCGGUGUUUGAAAUGUUCUACGCCCAUGUCAAGCGCCUGCAGCAAGACGAAAGACAACUUACACAGUUGGAGAAGUGUGCUUUAAUGGAAUCUCUUGUUCUCCUGAGCAAUCAGUUCAAGGAUUAUGAACGACAGAAAGCCUUCCUGGAGGAGCUCAUGGCCCCUGUUACUAACCUUUGGUUGUCUGAGGAGAUGCAAAGAGUGCUUUCAGAUCCAGCGAUGUUUCUUUCGUACAUUGGUGCAGAUGUCACUCCAGAUGAUCCCAUUAGAGAAGACCCAGCAGGCAUCAAUAGAUCUCGGAUCAGCUUGUGUGUUUACACCAUACUUGGAGUUGUGAAGCGGGCUCGCUGGCCUACUGACCUGGAGGAGGCAAAGGCCGGAGGGUUCGUGGUUGGAUUCACACCCAGCGGGUCUCCGAUCUACCGCAACGCCUGCACUGAGCAUGUCAUCAAACUUCUUGACAACCUGCUCGCCCUGAUAAGGACACAUAAUAACCUUUGGCUGCCAGAGAUGUUGGCCCAGCUCAGCCCGCACUUCACAAAAGCCCAUGACAUGCUGGAAGUGGAAAAAAAUGCUAUUCUCGGUAUUCCACAGCCUCUGCUUGAUCAUGCUGAUGCUCCAGUGUACAAAUCUGUGUUGGAACGAAUGCAAGGGUUCUUCUGUACCUUGUAUGACAAUUGUUUCCACAUCCUCGGGAAUGCUGGACCGAGUAUGCUUCAAGAUUUUUUUGACAUAACCAAUUUUGCAGAAUCUGUAAUAAACUCGGCCUUUGUGAAUCUGGAGAAUAUUCCUGACUACAGGCUCCGUCCAGUGCUACGUGUAUUUGUGAAGCCUUUGGUCCAGUCCUGCCCGCCUGAACAUUAUGAGUCUGUGCUGUGCCCAAUUCUUGGACCCCUGUUCUCCUACCUACUGCAGAGACUAAGUGCCAAGUGGGUUGUCAUCAACCAGAGAGGCCUGUUGGAGGCUGAAAGUGGUGCUCCUGAGGAGAAUCCCGAGUCCCAAGAAAUGCUGGAUGAGCAACUGACUCGUCUUCUCACCCGUGAAUCCAUUGAUCUGAUGACUGUGUGCUGUUGUGUUAAGAAGGGCCCUGAGUCUAUAUCAGGUGAUAUGGAUGAUGAUGAAAUGAUGAACACAAAUGAUGGUCCACAUGUUGGAUCUGAAGAACUCACUGACCUUGGAAAGUGUCUGCUCAAGUCUGAAGAUAUCUGUAAGGCACUGUUAGCAACUGCUUACAGUGCAAUCACUUGGAGUGACACCAUAACAUGCCAGCGAGCGACACUCCAGCUCUGCUGGCCAUUGAUCAAACAGGUAUUGUCUGCAACCCUGCAUUCUGAUGCAGCUAGUUGGUUCUUCAUGAGUGUGCUUAGAGGGCUGCAGAUGCACGGACAACACGAAGGCUGCCUUGCAGCAUUGGUCCACCUUGCUUUCAUGAUCUAUGAGGCACUGAGACCACGAUAUCCUGAUUUAAAAACGGUGAUGCAACAGGUUCCUCAAAUUUCUGGAGAUGCUUUGGAUCAAUUUGAUACAAAACUUCUGAACCCAUCAUCUCAUAAAAUGGGUGACAAAAGGAGAAAGGACCUCUUCAAGAAACUCUUGUCUGGUUGCAUUGGGAAGCCACUUGGGCAGAAGUUCAAAAAAGAGGUGCAUAUCAAAAACUUGCCCUCCCUUUUUAAGAAACCGAAACCACAGCCCACCACACCAAUAGAAGAAACGACUGAAGACAAUGUCCUAACUCCUCUCUUUGACCCAAGGGCUCAGGACAUGUGAAGAGUGGCAGGCUCUGUUUAGCUUCCACUCAUGCUUAAUGGAAUAAAAUGGACCUUUUAUGUUGAUUUUAACUUGUAGUGUGUCUUUAGUUGUAAGGUGUUCAUCAACAUUAGCAUAGUGGAAAUUAGCAUCAAAUAGCUACUUUAAAAUGACUGCUCACCUUAAAAAAAUACUUUCAUGAAGCCAAGAUAGUAACUAUAACAAUUUGGUAGCCAGAUAUUUCUAAAUAUCUAGUUGACUGCUGAUGGUGAAAGUUAUAUCCCCAUAAAAUUAUUUCUGCCACAAAUUCUUUUAGCCAAUUUGCAUAACUUUGUAAUGCAUUCUAUGGUGGAAAGAAGUGUAAACUGAUUGUGGUAAAUCGUUAUGAAAUGCCUUAACCUUUUCCAAAAUUGAAUUCAUAAAUUGAGUUUGCAGCAAUCUGUUUUUCGAAGUGUUGUAUACUGACAGUUUGUGUCUGUGCUCUCCGUAUUAAAAGAAACCAGAAGAAUCCUUUUGAUGUUUUGUUAAAAUAUUUUGUAUGCCAUUGUUUAAUAUUAAAUUUGAUUGUCCAGUUUUGUGUAUGAAUGUUUAUCUUCUAAUGCACGUUAAGACAACCAGACCUUCAUAACUGCAGAAGUUUGAUUUUUUUUAAUCUACAUUAGUCUUCUGAGUCUAGACAGGUAAAAUUUCAGAAGCAGAAAAUAAUGGGAACUAGAAACUUCAUUUUAAAAUUUGUUACCAAGCUUUUCUGCAUUUAGCAUUAUCACCUCACUUUACAUUUUCUGUGUGUUUUAAGUGUAGAUUUUGAAAAUGAACUGGAAUUAACAUUAAAGUGAUGGCUGUUUUUGUUUCAAGAAUUCUUGUGGAAGAGUCUUUUAUAGUAGUUGUAAAGUGGACUAAAUAGCUACAGUUAAGUGCAUUUCUUCCAUUUUUAUUUUUCCUGCUGCUUAUACUGAGUCUUUUCCCAUUUAUUUUGAACAGCUCAGUUGUCUUUGUAUCUUUUGUAGCUGUUAAUGGGUGAAUGGCAUGAUUACAAUAUUUUAGAGUUGUGUGAAAUUCACAGUAAUGUUCGUUGUUUUGAGAAUACAUAGUCUGACCACACUUUGUUUGUAAUUAAUAUAAACUCGUCUGAAACAUUCAGUUAAUCAACUUAGCAUUCUCUCCAUUUAUGUAAUAUGUGAUAAAGUGAAAAACCUGUUCCUUUUGAUGAAAGUACAGAUUAUAUUGCUAAGAGUUUACUUCACUCUGUACUGGUAUAGAAUUCCUUGUCUGAUAUAAAACAGAUUACUGUUAACCCCAAUGAAGAUUCUGUUAAAAAUGUUUUAUAUAAAUGUGCCAGCAUUUAGCACCUUUUUAGUACAAAGCUGGUUAACCAAAUUUUAAACAGAACUGCCAACUCUUCGGUGACAGUACACUAGAUAUAACUUCUAAAAUGAAUCCUGUAUAUGUCUACAGAAUGGCAUGUUGAGUUGAUCGCUUUUCAUUUAUACUUCACUGCUAGUUAUGUUGCAUGUUACCUUAAUCGUAUUUACUUUUGAUCUAGUAAAACUGAGAUUAGUGGCAGAAUUAUGCUCAUUUGACCCAUAGAGUUGAGCAUUAUGAAAGGAAAUGCUACUUUAUUUCUAUUUUUUUUUAAUUUAAAGUCCAUCUUUCCUCAGAUUUUGUUCUGAAACUUAAUACAGGAAUGAUAUGAAUUAGAAGAAAAUACUGUCAUUUGCUUUGAUUUUUAUUUCGCCAAUAAAGACAGAAUUCUACACAAUGAAA